ACAACUCUUGCUAGCCAUGAACAUUGUAGACGAAUUGUGUGAUUUAGGCUUUGAAGCAGCAUUUCUUGAUGAUGAAAACGCUUUGUCUGAAGCUGUAAAAACUGGAGUGACGUCAUCACCUUUUGUCUCGGUGGUCACGUGGCUUACGGAAGAGACGAGAAAAAUAUGCAAGCUGGAGGAAAGUGUAGUUGCACCUCAAACUGACGCUGAUGUGGAGAGCUUUCGAAUAGAAUUAAGUGGAUUUCUUAAAGAGCUUGGUUGUCCUCACGAAGAACUGACGAGGCUUAACUCAGAUGGAGUGAGAAGUGAACAGGGUCGAUGGCUUCUUCUAGACUACCUAACAGGAGAGCUAGCAGCGGCACGUUUGUUAGCAGUCAACCAACCAGUCGCAAAACGUGUCACUCUACAAGUUCCGUCUGAGCCUGUAAACCCUGCUAAUGAGUCUCUGAGUCGUAUUCUCAGAGUGCUGCAGCUGUCACAGCCACCUCCAACUGUGGCUCUGUCUGCUGUGUUUAAGAAACUGGAGGAGAAGGUGAAAGAAGCGUUUUCUAAGGUUUCACAACAUCAUGUUGGCGCUCCACUGGUUAUCUCUCCGUUGCAGUCUCAUCAGUUGGGUAAAUUGGAAACAUUGAACAAUGAGUUGAAACAAGAGUAUGUUGUGAGACGCAAAAUGUUGCUGAAGAGACUGGAUGUGACUGUUCAGUCUUUCAAGUGGUCAGAUGGAGCAAAGGGAAAGGAUGAUGAACUGCAAGCAAUCUAUCAGAAUCAGAGGCGUCCUCUAACAGAAGACAGUGCUGUAACCAUAGCUCAAGUGAUAGCAGCCAGAAGUGACCUCACAUCAGUCACCAAGACAAGUGGAGACUCAGUACGACAGUUAACCCGAACAGAUAUCAACAAAGUUGUCAUGGGAAAAGUUCCUGAUAGAGGAGGCCGUCCCAACGAAACGAGACCACCUGCUGAGAUGCCAGCCUUCAAGAGGAGAACUGAUGCUCCAAAAGACCAACGAGACAGAGGACGAGGAGGAAUGAGAGGUGGGAGAGUGCAGGGAGGAUGGUCAGGCAAGGGAAAGCAAGGAGAUUGGGGACGACAAGACAGCAGAGAAGGAGGAAGAAGAGGGGGAAGAGGAGGAAGAGGAGGAUGGGCAGGAGGUGGAAACUACAGCUAUGAAAGUGGUGGAUACCAUCAAGGCGGCGGCGGAUACCAUCAAGGCAGCGGCGGAUACCAUCAAGGCGGCGGCGGAUACCAUCAAGGUGGUGGAUACCAUCAAGGUGGUGGAUACCAUCAAGGUGGGUACAGUCAAGGUGGGUACGAUCAAGGUGGAUAUGAUCAAGGCGGGUACAGUCAAGGUGGGUACAAUCAAGGUGGGUACGAUCAAGGUGGGUACAGUCAAGGUGGGUACAAUCAAGGUGGGUACGAUCAUAGUGGGUAUGAUCAAGGUGGGUACCAUCAAGGUGGGGCUUACUCAGAUGACUAUCAAGGCAGAUACGGGUCGUAUUCAGGUGAAGCUGGUGGUGGAGGACAGAGAAGCGUUUACUACAAAUAACCAUUUUGGUU